CCAACUGGGACACACCGGGAACCCCCAGAACCGACUGACACCCCUGGGGAGAGAGGAACGACCGGGACCCCCAGAUCCAUCUGGACCCCCGGGGCUGACCGGGACCCCUGGAACCGACAGAGAUCCCCGGGGCUGCCCUCGCAGCACCAUGCUGAAGAGCUCCUGGCUGCCCUUCCACGGGGGGGUGCUGGUGGGCUUCACGGUCACCUUCCUCCUCCUCAAUGGCCUCCUGCUGUCCCCCCCCGUGCCCCCUCUCAGCCGGGACCCCCCCUCGGGCUUUGGGGAUCCCCCGGCCUUUGAUGACCCCCCCGGGGUGUCCCAGCCCCCCACCCUCUAUGGCAUCGCCCCACAGAGCUCUGCAGGGGAGGACGCUGGGGAGGCACAGACGCUGUACGAGCAGGUGCGGGUCCUGUGCUGGGUGAUGACGGGACCCCCCACCCUGGAGACGCGGGCCCGCCACGUCCGGGCCACCUGGGCCCGGCACUGCAACCUGGUCCUGUUCAUGAGCUCAGCACCGACCCAGGGCUUCCCCGGGGCCGUGGGGCUGCCCGUGGGUGAGGGUCGUUCCCAGCUCUACUGGAAAACCAUCCGCGCCCUCCAGUACGUGCACCAGCACCACCGGGACCAGGCCGACUGGUUCCUCAAGGCGGACGACGACACCUUCGUGGUGGUGGCCAACCUGCGCUGGCUGCUGGCCGCCCACUCGCCCCAGCGCCCCGUCUACCUGGGCAAGCGGUUCCGGCCCUGGGCCCGGCAGGGCUACAUGAGCGGCGGGGCGGGCUACGUGCUCAGCAGGGAGGCCCUGCGGCGCUUCGUGGGGGCCGUGGCCUCUGGCACCUGUGACCACACCAGCGCCGUGGAGGACGUGGCCCUGGGCCAGUGCCUGGAGAAGCUGGGGGUGGAGGCGGGAGACUCGCGGGACCCCCGAGGCCGAGAGACCUUCCACCCCUUCUCACUCGAGACCCACCUCACCCACCACUUCUCCCUGAGCUUCUGGUACCGCAGCUACAGCUUCUACCCUGUUGUGGAGGGUCCCCAGUGCUGCUCGGACCUGUCGGUCUCGUUCCACUACGUCCCCGGGGAGCAGAUGUACGAGCUGGAGUACCUGACCCACCGCCUGCGCCCCUACGGCUACCGGCCCCGCUACUGGCCCCCCCCGGCCCCCAACACCACCUACCCCAGCACCCCCCACCCUCAGACCCGCCCCCCGCCCACCCUCCCCUAG